AGGAUGCCUUAUGUGGAAGCAGGAGACAAAAACCACUCAAGGAUAAGGAGAUAGCGUUACUAGUCAUCUCACCUUCCCCAGCUCUUCCUUCCUGGAGCUCCUUCAUGGCUGCGUCCUCUCUCACCCCAUUCCAAUCCAUCCUCCUCUCUUCUUCCAAACAGCACCCAUUUUCCCUUCCCCUUUCAAAACCCAUUUACCUUACAAAUAGUAGAGCCGUGCGACGGCGCCCUCUUCCCCGCGCCAUCAACGCCUCUUCCGCCGCCGCCGCCGCCGCCGCCUCCGCCACUGUGGAGUCCACCAAUGGCGCCGUCUCCACGAGCGGCAAGAAGUCUUUCGAGGACGCAGAAUACGGCAGGCAGUACUUCCCGUUGGCCGCCGUCGUCGGACAGGAUGCAAUUAAAACAGCUUUACUUCUUGGGGCCAUUGAUCGUGAGAUUGGCGGAAUUGCCAUUUCAGGGAAGCGCGGAACGGGAAAGACUGUAAUGGCUCGUGGAUUGCAUGCGUUGCUUCCUCCAAUUGAAGUAGUUGCAGGUUCAAUUGCCAAUGCAGAUCCCAAUUGUCCAGAAGAAUGGGAAGAUGGAUUAGUUGAUUGUCUUCACUAUGAUGCUGUUGGCAAUAUAAAGACUGAGGUUGUCAGAACGCCUUUUGUGCAGAUUCCACUUGGUGUCACAGAAGAUAGGCUUUUAGGAUCUGUUGAUGUUGAGGAAUCUGUUAAAUCAGGGACAACGGUUUUUCAACCAGGUCUACUUGCAGAAGCCCAUAGAGGUGUUUUGUACAUUGAUGAGAUAAACCUUUUGGAUGAGGGCAUUAGCAAUCUGCUUUUAAACGUAUUGACUGAUGGAGUUAAUUCUGUGGAAAGAGAGGGGAUCAGCUUUCGCCAUCCAUGCAAGCCACUCCUUAUUGCUACCUACAACCCAGAGGAAGGGUCUGUACGUGAGCACUUGCUUGAUCGUAUUGCAAUAAAUUUAAGUGCAGAUCUACCAAUGAGUUUUGAUGAUCGGAUUGCAGCUGUUGGUAUUGCAACACAAUUUCAGGAGUCUCGCAAGGAGGUUUUCAAAAUGGUAGAGGAAGAGAUUGAGUUUGCAAAGACCCAGAUCAUUCUAGCAAGAGAAUAUCUGAAGGAUGUAACCAUAAGUCGGGAGCAGCUUAAAUACCUGGUUAUGGAGGCAUUGCGAGGUGGUUGUCAGGGACAUAGAGCUGAGUUGUAUGCUGCUCGAGUGGCAAAAUGUCUUGCUGCUCUGGAGGGACGUGAAAAAGUUUAUGUGGAUGACCUUAAGAAAGCUGUAGAGCUAGUUAUUUUGCCACGGUCAACCAUCAACGAGAAUCCACAAGAACAGCAAAAUCAAUCACCUCCACCUCCGCCACCUCCCCCACAGAAUCAAGACUCGUCGGAGAAUGAGAAUGAGGAUGAAGAUCAGGAGGAGGACAAUGAGCAAGAGAAUGAACAGGAAGAGCAGCAAAUACCUGAGGAGUUUAUCUUUGAUGCUGAAGGUGGUAUAGUAGAUGAUAAACUCCUGUUCUUUGCACAGCAAGCACAGAGGCGACGAGGGAAAGCUGGACGAGCCAAAAAUGUUAUAUUCUCAGAAGAUAGGGGCCGAUAUAUAAAGUCUAUGCUUCCAAAGGGUCCAGUAAAAAGAUUGGCUGUUGAUGCAACACUUAGAGCAGCUGCGCCAUACCAAAAGCUGCGGAGGGAGAAAAAUGUUGACAAGACAAGAAAAGUUUUUGUUGAAAAAACUGACAUGAGAGCAAAAAGAAUGGCUCGAAAAGCAGGUGCCCUGGUAAUCUUUGUGGUAGAUGCUAGUGGAAGCAUGGCACUGAACCGUAUGCAAAAUGCAAAAGGUGCAGGACUACAAUUGCUAGCAGAAAGCUACACUAGUAGAGAUCAGGUUUCUAUUAUUCCCUUUCGUGGAGAUUAUGCAGAAGUCCUACUGCCUCCAUCAAGGUCAAUAGCAAUGGCCCGGAAGCGUCUUGAGAGACUACCAUGUGGUGGUGGUUCUCCAUUAGCUCAUGGUCUUAGCACGGCUGUCAGAGUUGGACUAAAUGCUGAAAAGAGUGGGGAUGUUGGACGUAUCAUGAUUGUUGCAAUUACCGAUGGAAGGGCUAACGUAUCACUUAAAAGAUCCACUGAUCCAGAAGCAGCUUCUGUUGAUGCACCUAAACCUUCUUCUCAAGAAUUAAAGGACGAGAUACUAGAUGUGGCUGGAAAAAUAUAUAAAGCAGGGAUGUCACUUUUAGUUAUUGACACCGAAAACAAGUUUGUAUCUACUGGAUUUGCCAAGGAAAUUGCAAGAGUGGCCCAAGGGAAAUAUUACUACUUGCCAAAUGCUUCUGAUGCUGUAAUCUCUGCUACAACAAAGGAAGCUUUAUCUGUCCUGAAAAGUUCGUGAUCUGUAUCUUCCUAAUUGUCUUUUUUUUUUUUUUAUUCCUUCAAAUUUUCGGACAACUUUAUUUAGGGGUUUUCUCAGAAACCUCUCUUAUCAUCUCGAGCUUCGCGUUCCUUUAGCAUGAAUACAAUGAGACAAACAUGUUGGCGGAUGUACCAUAUUAGUUGUUUUAUCUAUAUAUUUGUCACAAAUUUAUUGCAUUGUUGAACUUUUUAGGCCAAUUAUACGAUCUGUUAUUGCUUCUA